AUGGCGAUCCUUCCCUUUACCCCAGGCAUAAACGUCGCCGUUCUUGUGGAUGGUGAGCCGGCCAAGGAGUACCAACCCUGGGAGUUCCCUGAACCCUUUGACGCAACCAUGAAUCAAGGCAUCCCCCACACCAAAUGCUACGUCAAGUCUCAAGCUGGAAGUCCUUAUGCCAUUCGCUUCAGGAUCUCUUCUGUCUUCACAUUCCCCAAUGACACUGAUGCUGUCACCAUCUCCGUCUAUGUCGAUGGCAAGCCUUUCGAUAACAAGUGUAUCCGAAAAAGCACGCUCGCUGGUGCAUCAAAUCUUGGCAUAGAGUACGUUGGCGAGAUUUCGUAUUGUCAGCGCGACUUUUCGGAUGGCUCGUCCAAGUCAUAUAGGCCAGUCUUUGGGGACAUCAGACCUGUGGAUGAGGCUGAUAGCGAGUCUGUCAACACUGAUCUGGAGCGCAUCAAGGCCUUGGGGACUAUCCAAGUCGCUAUUGAGGUUGGGAAGCAAAUCGCCCCUGUUCCGAUGGGCAAUGAUGACUUCUCUGACGAUAAGAGAAACGAGUCUCUCGCCAUCGACAACAAGGCGCUUCUACUCAAUGGGCAUGGCCAAAUCCAUGGGACCACAUACACCAAGACAGAUGAAACUCGUCAAAUGACAUACACCACUGUUGAUGACGAGCAGCACCUCGGAAACCUCUUCUUCUUUUAUCUAUCUUGUCAUUCUCCUGGGGCUCAGUUCUUCUUCCAAUCUAGAUUCAUCGACAGGUUUGCAGAUGAUAUGAUCCAUAUCCUCUCACUCCCAAAGGUGAAACACAUGUUGAAUGAAGAGGUUUAA